AUGAAGAUUCGAAUCGUGCCAGCUCUAGAAGAUAAUUAUAUGUAUUUACUGAUAGAUGAGAAAUCUAAAACCUGCGCUGCUGUCGACCCCGUGGAACCAAAAAAGAUUCAGGAGGCUGUAAAAGAAGAAAAUGUGGAGUUGACAUCAGUUUUAACAACUCAUCAUCAUUGGGAUCAUGCUGGAGGAAAUGACAAGUUGAUAGAGUUGAUGGGAAAGAAAACAGUCUAUGGUGGUGAUGAUAGAAUCGGUGCCCUGACAAAUAAAGUUCAACAUGGUGAUAAAUUUCAGAUAGGAGAACUAGAUAUAGAAUGUUUAUUUACACCAUGCCAUACCUCAGGACAUAUUUGUUAUUUUGUAAAUAAUAAAGAGAAAACACAACCUGCCGUAUUUACAGAGACAAAACAGAGAUCUAACCAUGAAACUACCAUUCCCUCUACAAUAGAAGAAGAAUUAUUAUACAAUCCAUUUAUGAGAGUUGGAGUUGAGAGUUUACAGAAGAAAGUCGGUGGUUCAGAUGAAAUUGAUACAAUGGGAAAACUGAGAGAGGCAAAAAAUAGUUUUAAACCUCCUCAACAUAAAAUAUAA